AUGGGUAAUCUUUGCCGAUUGGGUUGGCAGUGUAAUAGGAACGAAAUUAAGACUAGCACGCCAACUGCCGAAGGUGAUAGUCAUACUGUUGCUGACAAAAAAAAUGAAGAUAUUGCUGAAAGUCGACGCUAUAAUGUUUUAACCGAAGAAAAAGGCCUAAUGGUAGCCCGAGCGAAUGCCAAAAGUAGAGUUGAGCCAGAGGAAAAACCUAUUUUCGACCAUAAAUUAUUAGAUAGUGCAGAUGCGAUUAAUGCCACCGAAGCACUUUUGAGACUAAUUAAAAAAGCCUCUGAAAUUACCACUGCUACCGCUAACCAAGCCCAAACAUUAUUGAUAUUAUUACACGAUGCCCGAGAAAAAGCAAUCGAAAAAGAUACCGAGGGAAAUCCUUGGAAUCCAGAAUUAAGUCCUAGCGAACUAAAAUUAUUUGCGGCGACUUACCUUAAUGAGGAAGAGGAGGAAACUCCCCUCGAAGAACAUUGCUUAGUCGAACUUGAUACCGCCGAAAAAGUCCAAAUGGUUCACCGAAUGCUAACUGUUUUACAAAUUGGAGGAGACCAAAUUAGUGUCGCGGAUAUUAUUGACCGAAAAACGGGAGGAAAAGUUGAUGAAUUAAGAGAGGAUACAGAAUGGUUAGAAGCCAAAAAAGUUUACCGAGAUGCUCUCCAAACCCCUUUGCCUGAUUUUCCAUAUAGUUCAAUUCUAUCCACCAUCCAAGAUAGAGAUAAAAUUUUCUACACCAAGCGAAAAGAGGACAUUCCCAAUUCUCAACGAGAAGUGUCCUGA